AUUUAAUCGAGCUUAUACAAAAUGCCUAAAACCUUUAACCAAAACGGUCAAAAAGCGCGCUUCCAAGUUCCAACUUUAGCACAAAAGUGAGUGUUUCGUCCUGCACUCUUUAACUCAAAGGCUGAUGGAACGUAACGACCAAACGACGUCGUCUUUUAUGUCUGUCCAAGGCGCCGGUGGAAAGUUCAGGAAACCGCCCUCACGGAAACCACCGUCUACACCCUACGCACGCCCGCAGCCACGGAGUCGUUGGCUGUCAAAGCUUGUUGAUCCGGCUUAUCGACUCAUAUCUGGUGGCGCCACCCGAGUGCUCCCCUUGCUCUUCUCUAAAUCUUCUGAAUGUUCACUUCCACCACCCAAUGAUCAACGACACGAAAAAGAUCACGAUAAAGUGGAUCAAGAGGUGAAGGAAAAUGUUGGAGGUGAUGGUGAAUUAAAUUAUGAAAAAGCCAGAUUAACUGGUGUAUUGGAUCCUACCAGCUCAACUGAUGGAUCAAUGAAUGGUUUUGACUAUGAUGGGUGCAAACAAGACAACAAAAAUGAAGGAACAAAUGGUAAUCGGGUUUCUGAAAUUGAGCAGCUAAUAAAGGGGAGAACUUUCUCAAGGGAUCAAUUCAAUCAUUUGAUUGAGAUACUACAGUCAAGGACUUUUGAUAUACCUGAUGUUGAACCAGAAAAUAAAUAUGUAAGCAUGACUGUGAGAGAUACUGAGAGGGCUAUAUCUGCCCUUGAAAGUCAAAGGAAGUCUGUCAAUGAAAAGAAAGAAGAUUUAAGUAAGGCUCUCAGGGCAUCCUCAAGUACAUUCCUGCAGUCAUCUAUGCAAGAUGAAGUUGGUGCUUCACCAAUUGAUAUUGCAAGAGCAUACAUGGGAACCCGAACAUCUGAAUUAGGCCUUAGUUCGAAGAGUAUAGUAUCAAAAGAUGAAAGUGCAUCACUGAAUGGUGCUGAAUUUGCAUUAAAGCCAUUUCUUCCUUCACCAUCCCCUAAGCCAUCCAUGUGUUGGCCAGGAGCCAUGUUACAGGAUCAGCAUGCUUAUUUGACCCCUCGGAGUGAAAGAGGUAGAUUUGGGCUUUGUAAUUUUCCCCGAACCCCUUAUUCCAGAACUAUCUUUUCCAAGUCUAAGUCCAAGAUGACUCAAUUACAAGCUGAUGGCAAUAGAAACCUCAACAUUUCAUCCACUCCCUUGCAGCAGUCGCAAACUCCUAUUUAUAAGCAGCCAAGGAGAGACACAUUGGAUGAUGCCCGUGGAUCAGUGGGACCCAUUCGAAGGAAGCAGCAUAAACUUGCAGAAUCACCAUCCAGAAGGUCUGUUAGUUUUCAUUCCUCUAUAAUUGGCCGCUCACCUUUGGGUAAUUCCAGUCUCUCGGAGAGCUUCUUUCCUGCGGUCAAAACAAAUAUGGAAAUUGGAAGCUCUUCCCUAUUCCAGUCUGCCGAAAAUAAGCCAUCGAGCUCAGAAGUGGUUGUCCCACCUGUUCAUUCACACUCCACUCAGACGGCUCGGAAAAUACUGGAGCACCUGGAGAGAAACCUACCCACUCCUAAGGAUAAGUCUGUUGAGUUACAGCUUGCCACUUCUUGGGAAAAAGCCCAGUCUUCAAAUGUUAGCUCUGCCAAGCCAAUUGAGCACAAUAAUUUACUGCAUUUAGGAGGUCUUAACUCUCUUAAGAGCAUUGGUCAAAUUGGCAACAAAAAUUCUGCUCAGAAUGAAGCCAAAGGGAAUAAUUUCUUUAAGGUUCCUCAGGAGAAAGCUAGCCAAUCCAUGGAUGCUCUGGAGAAAACCACUUCAACCUCAGACAUUAAGGUUAACAACAUUUUUAUGAUACAAGCUGGCAAUGCAGGCCCUUCUCAGGAUCUUGGGAAUACAGGAGAUUUUCAAAGCAAGAGCAGACAUGAGAAUGACUUAACUAUUACUUCAAGUGCAUUGGAUGGUGAGGUACCAAAUUCGCAGACGAAGCCUUCAUCUCAUUCAGUGGGGACUAAACCAGUUUUAUCUUCCAUUUCUGUUAGCAAGCCUCCCCAGAGAUGGGCAUUUUCUUCUGAUAACACCAUUGGGUUUACCUUUCCUGUUUCUGCAUCUACUGGCGUGUUCUCUGAACCUCCAACGCCAUCUGUCAUGCCAUCGUUUCCAACCGGUGGCAUCCAGCAGCCAAACAAGGAACCUGCAGUUCCUACAUACAGUUUCGGAUUGAAUAAAUCUUCUCCUCCCCUUGUUUUUGCUUUCCCUUCUACAAGCAAUGCUGUUGCCCACGAUGAAGCUUCAGAUCUUAAGUUCAAUUUCGGAUCAGAAGAGACAAGGAUUUCUUUCAGCUCAGUGGGGAAAGAUGCCAUCUGCUAUUAGUAGUAGUCGUGACAUUUUUUUUCCCUUUGUUUUCCAUAGAGAUAAUUUGUUAAGCUUUGUUCCUAAGAUUUAUGAAAAAUUUUAUUGACAAA